AUGGCUAGCGCCGAUAUCUCUCUACUACCAUUUAAAGCUGAUUUUGAAAACUUGUCGGAAGUUCAGAACUUUUUAUAUACCACUUUACAGGAAUUAAGGAAAGAUUCCAACUGGCCAACAGAAUUAAAAUCAGGAAUUAUCAGCAAAUUACCAAAUGGCAGAAAAAUUCGUCUUAUAUUACCAAAGGGAAGAGAUAAAACUCUUCAACUAUUACAAGAAUCCGCAACUGAAGAUAGCGAUGUGGGUGAAUCAAUGAGGAAUCCUGAAGAACUGAUAUUCGUAGGGUUUUUCGGCUUCAGUAAACCGCGGGAAAUCUUGACCAAAGAGGUCUUCGAUAAAAUAUGGAAGGCAGACCAGAUUUUAGUGGAUGAAUUUAAAAAUCAGAAAUAUCUAAUGGCCUACGUUUCAGCAGAACAAGAAAUUGGGGGUGACUGGAUGAAUUUAGUGUUAUGCUCUUCUCCUCAAGGUAUAACUGAUUGGCAUAAUUUUGAAUUUCAUAGUGAUAUGGCAAGUGAAAUUUCACCAGAGUAUUAUUCUCGUAUCAGAAUUCAUCGAGGAAGAUUACAUAAAGGUCUAAAGAGUGAAAAAUUUACAGUAUACCAAACACUGUUUUUAGCUUAUGGAAACGACAAAGAAGGUUCUGUGAAACGCCUAUGCCGAGUGUGGAAUACACGGGAAGAGGAUAAAUAUUUUAUCACUGACAGUUCCUGA